AUGCGUGUGUCUUUUGGGACGAGUGACUCACUUAAAUUAUGUGCGAAAUUUACAGAUUCCUCUGCCUUAGUCAUGUCAGAAAAUUUGUACUUCUGUCUUUGGGAAAAAGAGCCUCAUCAGAAGAGUACAGUUCAGAGAGUAAUUCGGCGAUUUACACCCCUGCAUUGUUCGGCACGAAGUCCAAUUACCGGUGUCAAUAGCCAUGGGAGAAACUCAGGAAUGAAAAAUUUAAUGCAAGAGCACAUACCCUUUUGAGUGCUACGGAAUAACAGUUACUGGGCCAGUUUUUUCUUUCUGUGUUUGAUGUCAACCUGGACCUUACAAUCUGAAAAAAAGAGUUUUUGACAUAGACUAAUGUUGGUGGCAUGAAAGGUCUAGAACGGAAUAUGGCCACCAAAGAUAUUUUUCCAAGGACUCGAGAGAGUUAGUUGAUACCCGAGUAGAGCUGACCAAGUGAUGGUACUUUCGUUAGAUCAUUGGCCAAGGGUUGGCUGAUUGAUGUAAAACAUUUGAAUAUUACAGCGGUUGAACCACCUCGGUAAAAGUACAAUAGAGACCGUGGGUAAGGAGCUUCGCCAUUUAAGGACCAUCUUGGCGAGGUUGGAGUGUUCGUUUGCUAAGCAGGAGGCUAAGCUGGACAGGCCCCUCAGUAUUCAGUAUUAUGAGUGGGCCAAUACCACAGACACCACAUUGAACGCCUCAGAUGCCUCAUUUGUUUCACCCUACAUGAAUUGCACUACAUCCUUGGAUGAGAUUCUAUCACCCCCGGCUGUGUUAGGGCAGAAGGAGAUGCCAGUAGACCUGCACCAAUUUGUUGUGCCAGCCCAAAGCAGAGCUUUAGCAGAAUUAGCGGACAAUCCCAUAGAAAAAAGAACCAAUACUGGUUCAGUUGCAAUUGAGGGCAACAUUAAUGUCCAGCUGUCCAGAAUGGAUUUCACUCAUGCACAGGCUGCUCACAAGCCUACAGCCAUGGCACUUCACCUAGUGGACCAUCUUUUUAAAAAAGAUGUGUUGUUUAAAUCAACUGUCCAUGGAACAAAGGAGUAUGCUCCCCCAGACCAAGACAUAAUUACUGCAAUUAGAGCUGAAGUACAGACAGCAUUUGCAUACCAGAGCCACGGUGUCAAUGCCCACCUCCACAUGUGGGACCAGUGGCAAGCAACAGAUGCUCUAAAUGAUGGUUGUGAGGAGAGGCUUACAGAUGGUAACAAAGACCUGAUGCAGUUCUUUGAAGAAAUAAUCAAGUGUUUGUCAGAAGAAAACUAUGGCCAAUGUUCAACCAAUACAGACAAGUGGAUACAACUUUCAAGAGUUUUUUGUGAGAUAUGUGGACAAUUGGGGAACAUGCAGGGCAAUGGUGGUAUACAUGAUGAUGAGCCUGAGUUGUAUUCUGGCUCAAGAUGCAAUACCAUUUAUGUAGAUUCCACUGUAAGCUCUCAGCUUGGAGCCACAGGGCAUGGUUCUGAAUGUGAAAGCCUCCUUCUUGAUGAGAAAGUAGAGAAAAAAGAAAGAGAUCAGGACCCUCGACCAACUGACACCUUGUCUUAUGAUAAAGUAGAGAAUUGGCUACAGUUCACCUGCUCUGCCAAUGGCUUGCCAUCUCUGUCUCCUUAUAUUCCAGAAUCAUCAGACUCAGAUCACAAUGAUACUCUUACAUUGCUUAAUUGUGUGGAGUCUGCAAGAGCCAUUCUGGAAGGAAGAAAGAAAAGAAGAAGAGUAACAAAUUGGUGGAGUAGGGGAGGAAAACAUGAAGAGGAAGAAGGAGAGAAGCAAAUCUCAAGACGAGAUGGGGCAAAGAAAGACUACAAAGUUGAGAAAUGGCUGAAGGUUGUCUGCGCUGCUAAGGGCUUGUCUGCUGGUGAAUUGACGUCAUUUCUGUCUUGUAAUGUUCCCUCAAGUUUAGAUGCAGCUCAUAACGAUGAGCUUUCAUUGCUAAAGGGUGUAGAGACUGUAAGAGUUAGAUUACCAGGAAGAGGAGAAAGAGAGAGAGAUGCAAAAUCUUCUUACAGUGGAGAGAAAAAUGAUGUCCAACUUUUCAAAGGCGACCACCAAGACGUGGCAAAGCAGGCAGAGGCUUGAGCAGCCAUAAGCAAUCAUGAAAAAAAAAAACUCAUCACGAUGAAAACUUAGUUUGUGUUAUUUUAUGUGUAAACACCUCGAGCAUCUCUUACGCUUCGUUCGUGCUCCCCAACUAUCCGCGUGUAUCCUGAAUUGGAUUGAAGCUCGCUAGACAUUGUCCAUUCCUUAACUUUUCCAUAAUAUUUUAGCCAAUCAGAGCGCGCGUUAGAAUGUAGCUAUGUUAUAAUAUAGGAUGCAACAGACAAUUUUGAAAACAUGUACUUUCGUUACCGAUUGUCAUUAAAGUUAAACUUAAUUAAA